UACUUCCAUUAUAAAGGAUUGAUUGGUAUAUUGAAUCGUUUUCUCAGUUUCGGAUAUCGACUGGCAACGAUAUGUGUCGCAAACGAUUUGGAUUUAAUACUAACAGAAUCGUCAAGCAUCCGCAAAAUGGAAUACAGGAAGGUGAGGCGGACGCCCGCGUCGCCACCGCGUCCAAGCUGGCCUCCGUCGAGGAUGACGCGGGUCCAGAGCGCUCCGCCUCGAUAGCCCUGCAGGAGGCUGAUAACCGCGUCGUCGCCAACCUGGAAGGGACCAGGAGUUCCCUGCACGGCCUGAAGGUCGCACGCAGGCUGAACGCUGCCGCCAUCCGCGUUCGACCUGCGCCCUCCACCUGCGACGCCGAGACGAUUACAGAGGUAUGCAGUGGCGGGGAACUUCCUGAGGUAGAGAUCAUUAGCUUGCUCGAGGAACAGAUACCCAGGUACCGUCUACGGGCCGACACUCUUACGCAGUUUCAAGGCUACGAAAACGCCGACUGGUUCAUCCCGACGCCAGCCCUAAAACUUGAAGACGUUGACCUGAAGUUAUCCCCCGAUCAAAUACGGGAGACGUUGAACUACUUCCUUCUAUGUAGCAACCGGGUGAGCCAAAUGACAAAAACCUAUAAUGAUAUAGAAGCAGUAACCAGGCUUCUGGAGGAGAAAGAGAAAGACUUGGAGUUGACAGCUCGAAUAGGAAAGGAGCUGCUAACACAUAAUCAAAAGCUAGAGAGCAAUGUUACGUCGUUGGAAACAGAGUUAAAAUUAGCCAAUGAGAAAAUAACGCAGCUGAGUCAUGAACUGAUUAAGAAAACCGAACUUGUACAAAUCCUAACAAACGAUGUCGACGACUCUGGGUCGGACAGUGGGACCCCUACGGGUCUUAGGGGUAUUAAUUUGGACAUGAUGCAGCGGAGGAUCAGCGUCCUUGAAGAUGAGAACAAACAGCUGCGCACCGAGUUUACCAACUUGGUGCAUGACGCUGAUGAUUGUGAGGAGAAGGAAGCUCGCCUCGUCAAAGACAUCGCCGCUCAACUAGCAAGCGCAAACAUGGAGGCAGACGGGAUGUUGGACGAGCUGGAUCGCCAGAAGGAGGAGAACAGACUUCAGCACGAACAAAUAGUCAGUCUUAGAGCUAAGCUGUCUGAAACUGAGCUCAAACUUGCUCGGUUAUUAGCCGAACACGAUGAAAUGGGAGCUACGCUAGUCAUUACUAAGGAUAAUCAAAAUAUCCUUGCCAACGAGCUUGCUGAAUUCAAGGACCGAUAUACGGAGGUCGUGAAUUUACUGGCCGAAACGCAGGAACAAUUGCGUAAGCAAAGAAAGAAAGGUAUGCCCAUGGUUCGCGGUGGAUCGCUUUUCCCAUCUCUUGGCGCUGCCCCGCAACCUGACUCUAUAGCUUCCGAGCUUGAGUCCUCGUUGUAUUCCGAAGCCAGUCUUGACUCGGGAAUUAUCAGUGAUAGAACGCCGGCUUACAAAAAAGUAUUUGAAACUGUUCGGAGUGCUUCUCGAGCAUCGUAUGCUGGCAGCAUGGACGCAAGUCAGUUCCCACGUAUUGGCUCCAUGACUACGUCGACUUUGUCCAGCGGCUCUUCUGGCCCUCGCAUGAGCUGCGGUGCUUUAAGGCCUGUAGCUUCCUCGGGAUUCCCCAGCUUGGACUCUACAGGUCACAGCGACAGCGAAGGUUCCCUUCUAACAGACUCAGAAGAAUAUCCCGGUCCACAACAAACUGGAGUACCAGGUGCACCUGGAGCAGCAGAUCUUGAAGCCGCACUGCGUCGCUUAACACCAGCAGAAGUAAUAGCGAGACGUGCGUGCCUGACUACCGGUGCUGGAUACAACUACGACUACGACGCUGGAAUUCAAUCCCCACCUUCAUUCUUGCCAUUCGGAUGUCGAACCCCUGACAGUAUAAUGUCAACUGGAAGCAGCGGUAAUCUUAGUGGCUUCAGUGGUAACAGCGGAAAUGGUUGGCGUCUUCCUGAAAAGUUGCAAAUUGUCAAACCGAUCGAGGGGUCGCAGACGCUGCAUCACUGGACGCAGCUUGCUACUCCAACCCUCGGAGGUCUACUGGAUGAAAGGCCGGGAGUAAAGACGCGCGGAGGUCGAGCGCUGGAAGAUCUUGGCCUAGAGACAUUCACUUUGGCUGAUCUUGAAGAAGACGAAGAGUAUGCGAAUCCUGGAAAGCUAUUCCAGGAUACUGGAUCCAUUUAUACAUUCACAAACAGUACUGUCCUUCAUCCCGACGAUCAUACCAGCGUCACAGCAAGCGUUGUUGGCAGCAGAGUCGCAACGGCUCCAAACAGCGCUCUCAACUCCGGAAUGAAUACCCCAAGAACUAUGAGCCGGCGUAAUUCGACUUCAACUUUUUCUACCACUCUUGGACUCGCCAAGAUGCUGAACGAAAGAGGAAUCAAAGCCGUCACUCCAUCCUGUGUCUCAACUCCCAGUGGAGAACGCAAUUUCACACCAACCGCUACUCCAUGCAAUAGCCCCGACGGUACUCCGCCCCCUUCCAGAUCAAGCUCCCCACCUCCUUACAACAGUCCGUUCAGACUAGGCCUGUUUAGCAGUGGAGCUGAACUACUCAAACGCACUUUUGGCGCUGAGGAACAAGUUCCUGUUCGAAAGUCGAAGCGAUCAAAACCCACGCUUAGUCGCUCGGACAAAAAGGCUUUGACCGGCAUCAGGCUAGUUGAAAAACUUGAACGUAUUGGGAUAGACACUAUAAUGGCGACUACAGCGAGUUCGUCCAUUUCCCCUCUCGCAUUGCAGGGUGCAAUUUACACGAGGCGAUCAAUGGACAGUCCAAUGGCUCAGCUAACGUCACUAAAAACUUCAAUGUCAUCUAGUAUUAGCCAAGAGAAGCUCUCGUCUUCCUCGUCGAGCAGCAGCGGCGACUCUUUAGCGGAAAAGCCUCCGCUGCCACCUGGAAAAAACCGAGGAAGGGAAUCGGAACUUGGUGUCCCUGCUCGUCCUGGAUCAGGUGCUUUGACCAGCAGACUUGGUCAAUUGACUAGUCGCCAACGACGCUCCGGCGCGGGGGCUACACGCCCUGACCUUGGUAAGGUCAAGGCAACGUCGACGCCUCAGAAUGUCAAGGAGUCGGCACCGCAAUCGGCAUUAGGCACUAUUAGCUCCCUCCUUUUCGGAAGGAAGGGAGGACUUCUGUAAUCACGUUAACGACGCUAGACUAAUGGCAACUUUGUAGGUUUUUAAAUAGCAGGAAAGUCAGAGAUAGGAAUCAGAUUUAAUUUCUAAUUUACUGGAAUACUUAACGGGCAUGAACAAUAUCUGUACAAACUGGUCGUCGUUUGUUUUUAUUAUUUUUUUUUCCUCCUAGUUGAUUUAUACAAAACGGUAGAAAAUAUUUGCAUCAUGCUGAUAAAGGUUUCUUCUUUAUCUAAGUAGCAAAUAGUCGACCUGAGACACCCCAGAAGUUUUAAACUCAAGAGGCCACCGAACUGCGGCCAUCACGAAUUAGUUUCAAAUGGUAGAGGAUUAACAAAAUUCCAUUUCGUAGAUCCUAUUUACCGAUAUA